UUUUUUUAUUAUUAUUAUUCAAUUUGAAAUGGCGUUGUUUAAUUUAAAAAGUCAAAUCUAUCUUCCUAAUCGAUAUCAAAACGCAGUUGCUGCUCUGAAGGUUGCUUUGGGUCAACGGGUUAUGGUUUUGAAUAUUUGGAAUGGUCGAUACAAUCGUGAAGCUCGUUUAGGUGAACUCUUAUAUUACUUGAAGAAAUAUAAUAUUGUUGUCUGUUAUCGUAAAGAUAACCAUGUCUAUUUGGGUGAAGAUCUUCUAGAAAAGGUGGAAAUCGAGGAAUACGUUCCUUUCUCAGGUGGCAAAAAAAAGAAGAAGUUGAUCGAUAAGACUUAUAUCGUAUUGACUGACAACAAUCCUUGGUCUCUUAAAGAAGAAUAUCAUGGCGUUUUUAUUUUUCUGGAUUUUAUUCAUUUAAAUGAUGAAGUAGAAAUCAAUAAGGAAAAGGUUGAAGAAUUUUUAUAUCACUCUGAAGACAAACCAGUGACUGUUAGCUAUAAUGAUCAUGAUUUUGAUGAUCACGAUUAUAAAUGGGAAGACAAUCUGGACCCUAAGGCUGCUGUGAAUGCUCUCCUAAAUAUCAAGAAUUACGUUAAGGAUAAAGGAUUGGAUACUACUCAAGUGGAUAAUAUUAUCCCCUAUUAUCAAGAACAAGAUCCGAAAUGGGUUUCACCAAUGAAACUAGCUAGUAGAUUGUCUAGCCUUAUCUCAUACUAUGAACUGUCUAUUAACGUUCUUAUUCAAGAUGGUCAAUAUUUGCUGAAAACGGGCUACAAUCAAGGUUCUGAUAAAUUCUGUAUUCGCCUUUCUUCGUCUGAUACUAUCACUGGAGGAAGAAAUUAUCCUAUUAGGGAUUCAUCAGCUCCAUUUAACUGGUAGUGAUUAGUUUUAAGAGAGUACAUUUGAUUUAAAAGGAAUAAAAAAAUAUUAAUCAAUUAUUUUAAAUAUAAACGUAAUCUAUUAU